GCUAUAUCAAUCAAACAAUGGUGGGCUGUGGGGUGAAUAAGGCCAAUGCUUUGGCAGUACUAUUCAAGCCCUGGGGACCGAUGAUAUGUUGGUCAUGGUCUGUACUUUCGCUGACUGUGGGCGUGUGGAUGGUGCACCAACUGGUGAUUAUCCCGACGCCAUCACGCAAGGCGGAGCUCGUGGAUGGAAGUAGCUGGUGGCUACAACAUGAAAAAUAUACUCUUGAAUGUGCCGAUCAGUGGCGACAGCGCCGCGGAGCAAUGCUCAAGGAACGGCACACUCCGUGGCAAGCUGAGACCCGAAGUACAGUGCUCGAAGACAGACACAGACCUCAUCAGAAGGUGCUUGCAUACAACAAUCACCGAAGAGGUGGAGGUGGAGGUGGAGGUGGUGUUGGAGGUGGUGCUCCAAAGGGAGUUGGAAGCAGACAGGGAGGACAAGAAAAUGGGAAUGAACUAAAUGGAGUAUUCAAAGUGGGGGAAGGAAAGGGAGGAGGAGGGGGAUGCAGACGUGUCGACAGAUUACUCGACUCGCUUGCUACCGACAAUGAUCAUCAGGCUUUCAUCUGGCCAUUACCCUUAUCUUAUAUUAAUGGCAGCGGCUCUAUCCGUGUCAGCAGGGCAAUGUCAUUCCAGGCUAACGUACGCUCGGAGUUGCUUAGAAAUGCAUUUAGGCGUUACCAUAACCUAAUCUUCAGUCAUCGACAGAAAAAAGACAGUGCAACGACGAGGCAUACAACCGGCAUUUCGAAAGAAGAACGAGUCCGUUCUCUUCGGAGUGCUGGUCUUUCUAACUCAUCAUGGUGGAGAAGGGAGCAACGAUUGGUAGAUGCUGCGGAGGAGGAGGUGAAUGAGGAUGGGGGUUUGCGGUUGGUGAGUAUCGUCGUGCUUACGUCGUCAGAGAAGCUUCAGUUGGACACGGACGAGUCAUACUUUUUAGAAAUCCCGGACUCGGAGGACGCUGAGGUGUUGAUCUUGGCGGAAACAGUUUUCGGCGUGCUGAGAGCGCUCGAAACUUUUAGCCAGCUUUGUUCUUACAGCUUCUCUUCUAAAAGCGUUGAAGUAAAGGGGGUCCCUUGGGCUAUUCAGGACUCGCCAAGGUUCCCUCAUCGUGGAGUGUUGAUCGACACAUCGCGACAUUUCCAACCGGUGGCGGCAAUUAAGGGAGUCGUCGACUCCUUGUCCUUCGCUAAGCUGAACGUGCUCCACUGGCAUAUUGUGGACACUCAAGCUUUUCCACUAGAGGUGCCCAAGUACCCACUGUUAUGGAAUGGGGCGUAUUCCGAACAAGAGAGGUACACAACAGAGGAUGUGAAGGAGGUGGUCGAGUACGCGAGGCAACGAGGCGUUCGUGUCAUGAUGGAGUUGGAUGUCCCUGGUCAUGCCGCUUCUUGGGGUGUUGGGUAUCAAGAGCUUUGGCCGUCCGCGGCUUGUCGAGAACCAUUGGAUCUUACAAAAAACUUUACUUUCGAGUUGCUCAACGGGGUCCUCGAUCAUCUUAACGAUGUGUUCGAUUAUGACUUAUUCCACUUAGGAGGGGACGAGGUCAAUACCAACUGUUGGGAGGCCACUCCACACAUCCAUGCUUGGCUGACGAAAGGAAACAUCUCUGGUCAAGCGGCCUAUUUCCAGUUUGUCAAUCGUGUACAGCAAGCGGCAAUCACCCGUGGUCGGGACCCUGUGAACUGGGAGGAGACCUUCAAUACGUUUGGGCAGGACAUGGACAACCGAACAAUCAUCCAAACUUGGAUAAGUGAGAUGACGGCGAUGGAAGUGGUGAAAGCCGGAUUACGUUGCAUAGUAAGCUGCAGGGACUUCUGGUACUUGGACAAUUUGAAGAUGACCUGGGAUGGUGUCUACGGGUACGAGCCACUGCAAUUCAUACCGACGUCGGACCAGCAGGCACUCGUGCUUGGCGGGGAGGUGUGCAUGUGGGGGGAGACGGUGGAUCCGUCAGACAUCUUACAGACCAUUUGGCCUAGAGCUGCAGCUGCUGCUGAAAGGCUAUGGACUCCAAGACGCAAGGCGGAUCGAUACAAAGAACAACUUCAGACCGUCUCCACAAGGCUGCGGUAUUUCCGCUGCCUCCUAACCCAGCGGGGGGUUCCUGCAGCACCACUGGACGGUACUGCACGGGCGGCCCCAGCUGGACCUGGGAGCUGUUACGAGCAAUGAAACAACGAAUGAAGUAAUGGAUGAAUGGAUGCAUUCCAUGUGGAGUAGCUGCUUCUGCUGCUGCUGCUGAAAGGCUACGGACUCCGAGACACAAGGUGGAUAUAUACAACGAAAAGGUCAGAGCUUGACAAAACACACUCCAUCUUAAAUAAGACAGUGCACGCGCGCUUGAGUAAGAGCUAAACCAGCGCUGCUUCGCAAGAUCCGCGUGGUGGAGGACGACUUCGACAGAAUCUAUAGCCCAACAACACAACUGCAGGACUUGGAAUUUGACCCAGCGAAAUGGGCAUGGAAGACGGUUGGCAUGACGACUCGGACCGAGCGGCGUACUUACAUCCUGGACCACACUACACGCCUGGGCUACAGACUCAGGAGGAGAGCUGUCGACGCCAACGACAUCAUGAAACAAAGAUGAGAGAAACACCUCCUCCCUGGAGCCUCCCAGUCAAUAAGUGGCUCAGCAGGCGGCGCAGAGCGGCAGCCAAGCGGGAUUUCGACGACCUUUGUGCAAUCUGCGACGAGGGCUUGCUGGAGAGAACCUGCCCCACUGCCCUCUGUGUAUUGCCAGAAAGCACGGCAGCUGUGGCCGCCGGAGCAGAAGCGCGUGCUGUGGGUGACAGUCAACAGCGCACCAUUGCCAGAUAACCCCAUCACUCGCCUCACAGGCUGCCUGUCAGAGCCCGUGCUUAGAGAGAAGUGGCAGAAGACCCGCUUCCGGAGACCGCGGCUGCUUACACUAAGGGCAAUAUGGAAGAGACACUGCAAGGAAACCAUCGACACCCAAAACACCCAAUGGCAGAAGCAUGGGAGACGGUCACACAACUCUUACGGAUUGAUUACCAGGCCGACUGGCACAGAGCACUCAAGAGUAUCAAGAAUGGCCCCACCGAAAGACAAGAUAUCAUAGACAAAUUCUGCAAGGACAGCCUGGGAUCCGGGAAACUACGCGGCAUAGAAGGGGACACACCGAGACUCGUGUGGAGACUCUCAGGGGGACCCCAAGGAGAUGGCAACAUGGGAAGGAAUGCUUUACUGCGGUCGGCUCGGUCGCAAGGACCCAGCACCAGCCUGAACUCCAACUGAGGAACGGGACUGUCGGGGGGAUGGCAGACCGGGAUAAGAAGAGGAGGAGGACAGCGCAGAAGCUGGAGGGCAGGCAACGCUUUAGGGAGGUUUGACAGAGAAAGUAGAAGCUGAGGAUUAGGGCUUACGCAGCAGAGUUAGCUCCUUUCAAGAUGGCAAAAGUAGCUUGGGGUUUUGCAAGCAGGAACAGCGCUUCGUUGGUGGCUCAACGCUCUAGAACCUCAGGGAUAGCCGACAGCCCAUGUAGCUGAGAGGAGCGUACAAGGAAGCAGUAAGGAUACAGACAAAAUGAUAAGGGUUUUAGGGACUCAGUGGAUCUCGUCAUAAGCAAAACUGGGUAAUGCUCCCAAGA